CAAAGUAUCGUGGCUGAAUUGACAGAUUUGAUACGCGCUAUAACGACAAUUUUCGCUUAUUUCGCCAGGUUUCGACAGUCACAUUAUGACUGAUUCGAGGAUUAACGCCCAGGAGGAGAAUUUAAACGAUUCCUGGGUGGAGCUCCACUACCAAAACCAUGGUCAUGGCCCUGACCAAUCGGGCGUGACAAGUGUCCACUCUGUACACAAUGGUAACAUGGAGCGGCUGCUGAUGGAGGCUCAGCGAGACUCAUCAUCAAAAGCCUCAAGCAACGCAUCAAGUCGCGGUGCAUCAAGUCGUGGCAGCCCUCGGGGUCCACACAGUCCUAACAGCGAGUUAGCUACAGGAGAAGUAGGAAAGGAGAUUGUCGUAUCAGACUGGAUCUGGGAUUGGUCCAGUCGACCCGAAACAAAUCCACCUAGUGAGUGGAAAUUUAAGCAUCCUAAACCUCGUCACCACAAACUGAGUGUUCGUAAUACGGGGGUGAUGAGGAGUGGUAUCUUCAGGAUGGAGAACCUCCCCAUGCUCCUCCUCACUCAUGCAUGUACAUUCUUCCUUGGAGCUGCAACCAUGUUCAUAUAUCUUAAAAAGUACUGCAACUGGUCGGCCCCCAAGAUUGUGGUUGUCCCACUUGCAAUGGACUAGAGACACUACUCACUAGAUACAAGGAGGAUUUAUAAAGAUUAGCCAGAUUACAGUGUUCUCCACAAGGCUAUUUGUCAGGGUGGCCCACCCUACCUUGGCAGCUUACCACCCUACCUUGGAAGAGCCACCCUACCUUGCUCUAGAACUUUGUAGAGGGUUCCUAUAGGGCCACCCUACCUCAAAUUGCUGGCCAGCCUACCUUGUGUUGCACACUGGUAAAAUGUCAUGCAAAUCAAGGGUGUCACCCUACCUUGAGAAAACCCUGUGGAGAACACUGAGAUUAAUCUGGGAAGUGAAACUGUAAAUGCUCCCAUGUUUUUUGGGUCAUGAUGUUUUCCUUGCAAAAGAAUACGAAUUUAUCUUUCAAUAAUUUCCAUGGCUUGCUGGCUUUUCAGAAAUCAAAUCAUUUUUACAUUGGUCAUAUUCAAACCAUUGACUUCUUGUUAGGCUAAACCUAUUUCUGUAAAAAAAAUCUCUGAUGCUGGCUCAAACGUAUCUUUCAGCUGGAAAGCAAAGUGAAAAGGUCGGAAAUUCCUGUGUAAGUUUUAUAGUUUGUUUUAAGCAGAAUUGACGUCAUUGCUUACUUUUACCAAAGAAGUGUAAGAAGUUUACUGUAGUUUUAUUCUUGCUCCCCAAAAGUGUAGCUCAUGACAACAUGUAAGGGUUAACCCUUUGAAGUCUGAUCUCGACUUUAAUCGCCAAAGAAAAUCCUCUCGAUUUGCCCAGUCUUGACUCUAGUCAAAACUGUGGAAACUUGGGCUGAAAAGGGUUAAAAAAAGAAAAAAAUAUUAAGCAAUGAUUGGACAUUACAUAACACACCAUCAUGGGAAUAAUAUUAUGAUUGAUUAUUGUGAAGUUAAACUUUAUAUAAAUCAUGUUUAUUGAAGCCAGUUCUCGCCUGCUGGAUAUUACUAAUUUGACCCCUUGCUCCUGCCUGUCGUCUGUCAUUCAGUUAGGUUUGUCACCUUUCUGUUGCCAAAGGUCAUCUUCAUCAUCAGGUGUCAGUCUUAAUUGUUUGUCAAUUUGCAAGCCAUUCACCAGGUGGGUGAAUGCAAUGUCUUUCAUGAUUGCAAAUUCAGGAGAGAACUGCAUUUUUAAUCGAUUUAAGUGUCACUGGUCUGGUGCAAUUUAUGAAAUGGGCUGCUGUCUUUCAAAUACUUCAUAAACUUCAUGAAAGUUUGUACUGCAUCAGUAUGCAAAUAUUGUCAUCAAAAAUACAUAUGAUUCAUUCCAAGGCUUCAUUUUGUAAUUACAACUUAUUGCUUUUAGGCUUUUAGGCUUUUACAAUCAGUUUCAAGGCAUUCAAAAAAGCAUGCAUUUUAAAUUAGGAAAACGUGGGUCCAAACCUACAUUCACUUUUCAGAUCUGUAGAGGCCAGCUUCCCCAGAUUACAUAAACCUACCUUGAUGGGCAUAAAUGAUUUAGAUUUAUUAUUUAUGGUAGAAAACAGGCUUAUCUCACUCAGAGGCACCAUGGGCAAAAGGGGUUAAUGUGAGGAGACCAUGCAUUAUAACACUUUUGGCAUUGCUUCAUAGUAAAUUAGAAGCUAUAGGCUUUCCAUUGGUGCCAUUGUGACGCCCAUGCUGCUACGCAUGACUGAGCACCAAGGCUUUGCAAAAGACAUGCAUAUUUUUAUCUUGUUCCAAGUUGGGAAAAUCCAUCCUGAGGUUAUGCAGGAUUAUGUGGGCACAAAAGCAUUCAUGUUUAAAUAACCAAUGACAGCUUAUCCUCUUUCAGAUACAUAUUCCCUGAAAAAUCCAGAAUUUUACAGAUUAAGCCCCUCCACCCUCCACGUGGCCUCCUCCUCUUUCAAUGCACAAUCGACAACUUCGUCAUAUGUCCUGCAUAGCUCGUUGCACCAUCUCCGGGUCGUUCCUCAAAGCAUCAACCUCUGACGUCAACUAGGUCGUGCACUGGAGUCUCGUAAACCUUAUUCUUCAGGUGCCCCAAAGAAAAAAAAAUCUGGUGACCUUGGGGGCCAUUCCACUGGCCUGUUCAGUGCAAUCACUCGGUUUCCGAAUAAGGCUGCCAAUGUGUCCUGAACUGCACGAAGACGAUGUGCUAGCGCACCAUCCUGUGCCCACCAAAGCUGCCUGAAAGUACCCUGCACCUGCCAUUCAAAGUGCUGUUCGAGGUAAGGGAUGACAUCAUCUUCGAUCAUUUGAAGGUAGAUGAUUUGAUGGCGAUGAUGCGCAUAGUAUGGAUGCUGAUGAAGAUCAACCCUUGUUAUGCGAUUAAAUGAGGAGUGUGAUAAUCCUAAUCCAUUUCUUCUUGCACUUAAGUUUCGAGGAUAAGUCUCAAGUUGCCGACGGUCUGCUUCAAUGUUUUGAUCAGUUCGCAGUGUCCUGGGUCUCCCAGAAUGGCCCUUAUUCCUGUUUAGACUUGUACAAUGCUGUUCAUAUUUCCGGAACGAGUUUACAAUCCCCGAUCACACCCCAAAAAAAAGGUCAUCGGUUGACUAACGAAGCACCACUGGUCAAUGGAUUUAUAGUUGAAUGCGAUCAAACUACGUCAUUUCCGAUCAGAGAUUGUAAAUUUUAACCAUAUUUCCUGACAUUGGCCCAAAUGGUCUUCUUGAAAGGAGGAUCCCGAUCUUGAAAAAAUAUCCCUGAAAGCAUCUUUUCACCACAAAAACUCUCUGCUCUGUUCUAAGCUGAACCAUCUUUGCAAACUCUGCCACACACACUGCCUUGAGCACUUGCAUUAUGCUUGGAAUAAACCAAUACCUACGGGUCCCUCAGUAAUGACAUAAUAGUCUUACAUUCAAUGAGACCCUAAACCAUGUCAAUGAUGUGUGACACAAACUUAUAGAAUUUCCCAACGUGGAACAAGGUAAAAUGUGCAUGUCUUUUUCAGGGCCUUGGUGCUCAGUCAUGCGUAGCAGCAUAGGCGUCGCAAUGGCAUUAACGGAAAUCUCAUAGCUUCCACUCUACUAUGAUGCAAUGCCAAAAGUGUUAAAAUGCAUGAUCUCAUCACAUUAACCCUUUUCGCCAGGAUUACCUUUUUCUGGGACACCCUGUAUAUGUUGGUAAUACAUUUAUAGGGUCUAAAUCCAACCGUUGGGAGAUUAUGUCACAGUAUGUGUGUUGAAAUGAUCAGGUGUCGGCUCUGAUUUGUAUUACUUUAUGAUCAUGUAAAAGGACUGUGUCAUGCCACAGUCUAAAACACAAUUGUCCACAACUCUUUUUUCAUGAAUUGACGUGCUACCAAGUGUGUAAGUCGUGCAUAUUACACACGAAACAUAGAGAGAUAAGCGUAUCAUGUUGGGUCAAUGGCGCGAAACUGGCACAUACGUUGCGUCUAAUUGAUGCAAAGCAGGGAGGAUAUCAUUUGUGACUUGGACAGUAGUGGUAAAGGAUCUGGUUUGCAUUUAAUGUUGAUAGGGGUGGUAAUAUAAAAAGCAUUUUUUGUCGGGUUCAUACGAAUAUAAGCAUUGUAAAUAUAUUGUAGAUUGGUUUUAAUUCACAGGAAUUUCAUGUGAGUCACGCUACACGUACCCGUUAUUGUGAGUCGGUGUAUAAAUGUAUGUCACUAUUCCUAUUUCAAUGGCUGGUCCUCUGAAAACACAUUCGGUGUAAAAAUGUGAAAUCUAAAAUCACGAUGGUAAUCUUUCUAAAAUGUCUGAACAUUUUGAAUCAUAGCAAAAUGUUUGAACAACGUUUUCCAUGUUUUGAUCAUACAAAUGGUAUUUUUGUGUUGAGUAAAGAAGUCAUGGACAUCGCUGAAAGAAAGAAUAUGUUUUAGGGUCCAAGUGCCAGACAGGCGAAUGAAAUUAUCAUACGUAAUGCUAAAUGAUGAUAGCCGCUGUAUCAAUUUUCAAAUUCAAUGUGAUGUCAUAAAUAUGAGUCUAUUUAUUAGACUUGCAAAGAAAUCUUGUAAUUAACAAAUAUUUCAGAGUCUAAUUUCAGAAUUCUAAUAGGGUGUGCAGAAAAGAUGACAUUGCAAUCAUCCUUACCAAAGCAGGGUCUGCAACUCUUCAGUGUGUUGCCGAAACUUAUACCAUUAGAAGACUCCCUUGUAACAGCUCUCUAGCAUGGCUACAAACACAAAAUCACCAUUCACACGAUCAUCAACAUCAUUCAAACAUUCAUGAAAUUUUUAUUUUCAAAAUUGCCAGCUGUUAGAAAUGUCGACAGACAUAGAUUUUAUGUAGAAUUAAAUAUGUGCAAGGAGAACGAGACUUUACUGUACAGGGUGUUUCAAAAAUAAGGAAACCGAGAUUAAUUUGUUAAUUUCUUGGAAAUAACGUAAUAUUUUGGAAAUUGGCAACCACCAUGCAUUACCUAUUGAUGUCCUCUUUCUUAUGACACCAAGAAAUCCUAUUUACUGUCACAGAUUAGUGAGCACAAACCAGUUCAAUCAACCAUGUCAGAACUGAUUUUGCACUGUUCUUCUCACAUUGAAAACAGAUUACGCUUGCCAGCAGUUUAUAAGGUCUUUUAAAAAAAUUAUAAUUCAUUACCUUAGGACAUCAAAAACCUUUCUCAUUUGGCCUGAAAACUGUUUUGUACUUAAUUGUAUUUCAGUUGCAGCUAAUUUCCAAUUUGCCUAACUUGGCCAAGUGUCUCAGUAUCCAUUAUAGGGGUCUCACUAAUCAGUAGCAGUUACAUAACAAAUUAUCUCUGGAAAGAAAAGUUGUCUUUAUUUUUCUUUACUGUCUUUAGUCAUUGCAGUCAGGUGGUCCAGACAGAAAAAGUUGUGUCAGUCACUUUCUCUUCUGGUGGUUCGUCAAGAAAAUACUUUUUGGUACAAACUGUUUGAUGUGUGAUGAUUAUUGUGUCUUCCUAUGGCUUUGAGAUAUUUCUGUUGUGACUGAAAGGCUUAAGUGUACACUGUAGUUAGACUGUAAGCAAUAAUUUUUAGUUGUUGUGUCUCUGAGAAAAGUAAUUCAUUGCUGACCAUAUGAACAUGGGAGGCAAAUAGGUAUAUUUUACUCUCUUCACUUCACUCAUUUGUCAGUGAGAGUGCUUGGGAUCACUGUUGACAGCUUAAGUUUCAUCAAAAAUUGGAAGUGCAAAUUGGGCCAGGCAUUUUAGAAUGAACAUUUGGUGUUCUCGGUCUCAUAUUAUAAUCAUCGGUAGAGAGAAAAGGGAAUUGGAUGUUGAAAACCAACAGCGUGUCGACAUCUGAAUCGGCAGUGCUGAUUUUCAAUAGGGUAUGCAUCCAAUUCGAUGUCCACUCUCUAGCACUUCAGUGAAGCACUCUGGUGAAAGUCUGUAAAAUGUAGUGGCAGUCGUAGCUUUGCUGGUACCCUAUUCACAUGCUCAGCUUCCUCAUGUUUGGAAACAAGGAAAAAAGCAUUUUUGUCAUGUGAAUCAACAGGUUUUUCCGGAAUUCAUCAGAACUUUAGUGCUGCCAUCUCAAGUGAGUUUUUUUAACUGAGGUUGCCAUCUGCUUCUUCAUUCCUUUGAAAAAGAAAGAAAGUGGUUCAGGUAAAAGAGAUGCACAUGGUGUGCAGUCUAUUAAUUUUCGGCAAUUGGUACUUGCAGCCAUGUUGGUUGAAAAUGCAGCCUUGUAAUUUUGUUCCAUAUCUAUUUUCAAUGGAGCAGUGCAGGCCCUUCAGAAAAAGAAAUUUGAACUGACCGGUUUUUGGAUAAGGUAUUAGGUAAAAUGGGGUAAUUGUAGCCCCGGUCUAAUUGUAGCCCCUGACUGUGUUUUUGAUUUAUAUAUUCCAGUAACCAUUGAAUUAUUCAGCCAAUCCAAGCAUGGAUAUGAAAGAGGUGAUUCUUGAGUAUCACAACAUAAAUAGUUUUGGAUUAUGCAACAUGUUAUAUAAGAGCUUUCUCUAUAAGAAGUAAAUAAAGCAGACACAUGCACAAAAAAAGUUGGGAUCUACCUUUUUGGAGGUAUGAACUUUCCACACUUACAGAGCAUUAUUUGAAACUUGGUUCAGGUGAUCAGUACUGAGUGUAGAGAAUGUUGUAUGUAGCAUUUGAUGUCAUUAUUAAAAGUAAAUUUUUCAGAGACACUUUUCUGACCAAGGUACCCUCGGGGUAUUUGUAGCCCGUUGGUUUGGGGUAUUUGUAGCCCAUAUAAAAAGCUCAAUAUAUCCUCUCGUGAAUCAUGAAGAUGCUAGGUUUCUUUAUUCUUUUACUGAAUUAUAUUAUUCGAUCAUAAAUCUAUCUGAUUUAGAUACAAUAGAUACAAUGGUAACCAUUUAUGAACCAACAAUGAUACAUUUGAGGUUUCAUACUAGUUUAUCCAACAUUAUUUCGAAAUAAUGUCGAUAUUUUCAAAGUUACUGGUGUAUUUAGUUAAAGCCACACCAUUGACUAGAUAGCAGCAUUUCUCAUGGUACAUGUACAUUGCAUUACCAUUAAGUGUGCCAGCUAUAAUUGGGGUUGAUACAUGACCCCUCCCUGAAACUAAAGUUUUUAAUGGUGCACGACGAGACCGUCAGUCAGUUCAGAAUAUCACAAGCUGUUGUCUGUCACAAGGUGUAAUGUACAGAGGUGAUAAAUCAGACUUUGUGUUUUUACACCAAUUUAAAAUCAGUCUGAUUUGUGACGAUUAAUUGUUUAAAUUGUUGGUAUGUGAUUACAUCGAACAUCACUGAAUUUGUUCAAUUGUUUGAUACCAGCGAAAUCACGUCAUCAACCUAGAUUGUAAUAAUACUAAAUGUUUUAUUUCCAAUAAAGACCAUACACCUGUGAAAAAAGGGUUCAUAUACAUAAAAAAAAAGCAAUUUGAAAUUUCAAUCAGGGGCUACAAUUACCCCAAUGCCACAGGGUAAUUGUAGCCCCUGACCACAAGUCUUGUAUUGUCUCUCAGAAGCACUGUUUUAGAUAAAAUGCUCUGAGUUACAAGCAUUAUGAUUGGAAGAGGUGCCAAUACAAAACCCAGGCCAGUUUUUGUGAGUCUGCUGGGAUAUCUCUUGCGUAACUUAUAGCUGAACAAGGGUCUACAAUUACACCAUUUUACCUUUCAUUCUGUAAUUUGUCAGCAUUUUCUGAAUAACUUUUUAAUGAUCUGAAUAUAUUUCUUGCUUUUUACAUGUUGAUGGAAUUUUCAAUGUUUUCAAAAUUUUUAUCAAGUUUGGUGAUAGUUUAAAUCUUUCCCGUGUUCUAAUUUUGUACUUUGCCUAUUAUCUGGGACUCCCUGUGAAAGGUUUGAAUUACAGUGUAUUCAUGUAAACAUGUGAGUGAACGGUUAUACUGUCAAUCCCUUGAUUUUAGUGAUCGUGAUACUGUCAAUUUUUUCGUGGAUGGGUCUCCAAACAUCUGCAGUGUCAGUGUAAAAGAAUGUAAAAAGUGUAAACCUUGGUGACCAAAAGUAAGUUGAUACAAGUGACAAAUAGCAACUUGUGUAUUAAAUAUAAAAUCUAAAAUAUGUAAACCUUUCUCAUAUUGUUGUGAUGUAUACCCUGUCUCCAGUUUUGUUAUUGUCGAACGGCGAAAAUGAAAGUGCAUGCAUGAAUAACCUGUGGGGACAAGGUAGCACGAUACAACAGUCUUUGUGUUCAAAUAAUCAGCAGACUUUGAUCAUAUCAUAUACAUGUACAAAUGCACAUAUAUAUUUCUCACAGGGUACUGUUAGUAGAGAGGUUAAGAUUUGAUCCGAGAACGAGAACGAGGUGACGUCGUCCUCGUUGUCGUUGGUCACGACGUUGAAAUGCGGUUAAGAAAAAUUACGUCCGAGUUGCUAGUCUGAUGCUUCGUUGGUAGAUGGCGCGCCGAUUUGUAAACAGCAGACGACGCAAAAUUACUUCCGGGUUUACGCUCUCGCAUACAAAACCGCUUUAUUUAAGUAGACUGUCAUGAAAUUAGCAGCUUUAUGAACCAUUUUAGACGAGAAUCCCAACGAUGAGGACAAUAUCCUUCUUGGCCUGGCGUUGGGUUUUUAGCUCACCUCUUAGCAGAGGUGAGCUUAUCCCAUACCGUGGCGUCCGUCGUCUGUCGUCGUCGUCGUCGUCGUCGUCCGUCUUCCGUUAGCAGGGCACGUUUCGUAACUGUUAGAGCUAUUGAGUUGAAACUUGGUACACAUGUACCCUUAUGUAAUGACACCUUAGAGACCAAGUUUCGGUCCGAUUCGUUUCAUGGUUUGGCCACCAGGGGGCCAAACGUUAAAAGUGAAAAUAUGCAAUAUCUCCUUUAAUAGUAGUCAGGAAAUUUUGAAAAAAAUAUGGUAGGUACUUCUAGCAAAGGUGCAUCAUAUAUCCGCCGGGUUUUUGAUUUGACCUCCUUUUCAAGGUCACAGAGGUCAAAUGGUGUAAAUUGGCCGUUAGGAUGUAACGAUGGCACGUUUCUAAACUGCAAUGACUAUUGAUACCAAAUUUGGUACACAUUUACCCCUUAGUCAGGUGAUCUCAGGGACCGAAGUUUGGUCCAGUUUGAUUCACCACUUGACCACCAGGGGGCAAAAUCCAAAAACCUUAAAAAUGUGAUUAUUCCUUAACUUCUUGCCCGAUUGCCACCAAUUUGAUAUCAUGGGUACAUCUAACCACCAUACAGUAUAUGUCACACAGGUUUUUAAUUUAACCUUCUUGUCAAGGUCACAGAGGUCAAAUGGCGUAAAUUCGCCGUCAGGCCGUAACUAUGGCACGUUUCUUAACUGCAAUGACUAUUGAUCACAAAUUAAGUACACAUGUACCCCUUGGUCAGGUGAUCUCAGGUACCGAAGUUUGGUGCGAUCUGAUUUGCCGUUUGGCCUCCAGGGAGGGGGCCAAAUCCUAAAUUCUUCAAAAUGCCAUUAUUCCUAGUAAUGACUUGCCCGAUUGGCACCAAUUUUAUAUCAUAGGUACAUCUAAUUCUAACAACCAUUCAAUGUGUCACCCGGGUCUUUUUUGAUUUGACCUACUUUUCAAGGUCACAGAGGUCGAAUGUACUGUAAAUUGGCCAUUUUGGGGAAAUUGUAAUUGCUUGGACCUACAUCAAACCUAACACUACAUGACACAAUACCAUGCUCUUUAUCCAUCUUUCCACCACAUGAGGUGAGCACAAUGGCCCUGGCCAUUUCAUUUGAUGAUAGACUCAAGAAUGAUGCCAGCCACAUCGGUAACAGGAGAUUUCAUAGAUUCGACCUGGACAAUUUCUCAGAGGCUGAGUGCAAGCAUUUCUUUCGGUUCCAAAAACAUGACAUCCCUCGACUGUCUCAUGCCCUUUUGAUCCCAGAUCAGGUAGUGACAAAGACUGGAACGAGUGCCACCGGUGAAGAAUCCAUGGCAAUCACACUCCGCCGCCUGGCUUAUCCCAACAGAUUGGUAGAUUCCAUUCGGUACUUCGGGCGUGCAAAGGAGGAACUCUCCGUGAUAUUUUGGUAUGCCAGCAAAAACACACGAUAUUUUCGUUCAACUACGCCUCAUGUCCUUCAGACUUCGCACGUGUGUUCGGUACAUGCUAGGUAAACACAUCACAGUAACAAAAUUUAUCUUUAUCGAUGGGAAAUACUGAUAAUUCAAACUCGGAAAGCACUUACGACUUCGACGGCCUCAAGUCGUUUUCACGUCCGAGAUCGAAAACAGACGUGGAGAAACCCCACUGAAAAUGAUGACGUCACGCACAAAAAGGGAAUCACCUCGUUCUCGGAGUCGAGGCCGAUCUUAACCUCCCUAAUGUAAGUGUUGCCACAUGUACCAUUAAAAAGUCUUUAUCAAUUCUUGGUAUUAUCUACAGGGUGAAUCAGAAAAAAGUAGACUGUCGAAAAAAUCAUCAUGAAAUUAACAUAGGGAGGAGAUUUGAAAAACUGGCUACACCCCUUUGUAGAGGGUGUGAUUCUUUAUCGAAUUAUACCAGUGUCAUCGUUUAUUGAUUUAUACCGGUGUCAUCAUUAACACUUUACGUUGCAAUGAGCUGGUACAGAUUGAAAUUUGAAAAAUAAACUUCUGUUGCACAUGGCAGUGCAAGGGUUAGCAUCGAUAUACAGAUUUCACAUCCAAGACCGAUUUGAAUCUAUCAUGCCAAACGCAAGGGGUCAAUGUUGUCAGUGAGCACUCUAAGCUUGUUUUGAGCUGACGGAUAUAUUGGAAAUUUUUUAAAAGUACGUUAUUACAUGUGAACCCCCUAUGACCGACAAAGAUUUCACAUAUCCUUGAGAAACUGAAAAUUAAUAGCAGACUUUGCUUGAGUCAGGAUUGAAAUUUUCACACUUCAAUUAUGUAAGCUGACUGACCUGUUUAAAUUUCCAAAGGUCAGCUCAAAACAAGCUUGAAGAGUGCUCACUGACAACGUUAACCCCUUGCAUUUGGCAUGAUAGACUCAAAUCUGUCUAGAAUGUGAAAUCUUUGUAUUGAUAGUAGGGGGUUAACGUGCAAUUAUUUUUUUCCUGUUUUAUGCAUACAUGUGAAACACCAAUGGAACUUGUCUUUCAUGGUGACAGAUCUCAGGUUAACCCUUCCACUGCCAUGCGCAACAGACUUUUAUUUUUUAUUUUUCAAAAUUCAAACUGUCCCAGCUCAUUGCAAAGUAAAGUGUUAACGAUGACACUGGUAUAAUUCUAUGCAGCAUCACACCCUCUACAAAGGGUUGUAGCCACUUUUUCAAAACUCCUCCCUAUGUUAAUUUUAUGAUGAUUUUUCGACAGUACUCUUUUCUGAUACACCCUGUAUAUUUAAUAUUCCUACUUUGUAUCAACAGUCUAUAGUCAUAGUUCCACCUAUCAUAAAACCCCGUGUUUUUUCAAGACCCGUGUCUUCGCCGUGUGUCAAAAAUCCCGGGGCGCACUUACACCUAUCAGUGGUGUUAGAUAAUGGUUAAUAGCCCCGGCGACAGGUGCGCUGUAGGUAGGGAGCUCUCCUGUGUUUCUUUCCCGUUGGAGGGGGCGCAAUACCGAGGCAACUACACUGCGCCAUCUGUCGUUGGAUCUUAGAACUUGCAAUUGCCGUGUCUAUUCAGAUUCCACCUAUCAAAAAACCUGUGUUGAACACGGGUCUAAAUUAGCCCCCGAUUAGCCCCAUCAAGCUCGAUGGGGCUAAUAGACACAGGGAUUUGACACACAGGUCUAUUUAGACACGGCAAUUCAUAGGUGUAAGCGCAAAAGACACGGGGAUUUGAUAGGUGGAAGUACGACUUAUACUUUUCUAAAUUCUUGUUUUGUAAUCCCUUGCCACCAUACAUUUGAAAACAUUAAAGUGAACUUUUCCCGCUGUAAAAAAGUACCUCCAAAUCAAUAUGUUUUGCUGUGAAAAUGCUGCCCCCUUCCUCCUAUUUCUUAAAGAUAUACCUUGGGAACUCACACAUGACUCUACAUUGUAGCUGUGGUGUAAUAGAGACUCUUAUUAUUUAUGAAAGAAAUGCUCAGACAACACAAGUUUUAUCUUUUGUGAAUGGCAGAAAUUCAUAUUUGGCUAACCGGAGAAGUUCACUUCUAAUUAUUUGCACAUCGACUCACCAGUGUUGAUCGCUAUGGUAGGAGGGGCUUAGGCUUAAUACAGUAUUUUCAGAAAUUGGCCUCAGUUUACGAUCAAACCGUGCGAAAUGAGUUACAGGCUGAAAGAGUUAAAUAUUGUGUUUUAUUCAAGUUCACUGUGUCAUCAUUCAGACUACUGCAUCGUCUGAGGAAUUUAUUUUAUGUGGUCCUGUACAUAUUAGCAAGUCUGUCAUUAUGAAUAAAUGUAUCUAUAUGGGA